GGCGGGGGUUGGAUUUCGCAAGGCGACACCUUUAGAGAGAGAGAGAGAGAGAGAGAGAGAGAAUGUAUGGCGCGGCGAAAUUGCAAGCAUUGAAUGCUCCGACCCAUUUGAGCUCCGGUCACGAACCCGCCGCGCCGCCGUUCCCGGCCGGCCGGCCGUCGGUUCUCCGGCAGCUGCCACGGCGGCGGCGGCGACCCCGCCGGUUCCUCUCGCUGUCCGUACGGCCGGCGUGCGGCGGAGCGGCCGUGGCGGAAUCGGAGGCAGAACCGGCGGGGCCGCCGUCGGUCUCGUCGCGGUACACCUCGUCCGUCGGGUCGUCGUCGUCGUCUUCCGCCGCCGCGGCGCUCCAGCUCUCUCGGUGGAACCUCACUCAGCGCCAUGUUCUCAUGCUGAACGUCAUAGCCUGUGCGGCUGCAGUUUCUGCAACAUGGCUAUUUUGUUCUGCCAUUCCUACUCUUUUGGCUUUCAAGAGGGCAGCUGAAUCACUGGAGAAGCUGAUGGAUGUGACUAGAGAGGAGCUUCCUGACACAAUGGCUGCUGUUCGAUUAUCUGGGAUGGAAAUCAGCGACCUGACCGUGGAACUUAGCGAUCUGGGCCAAGACAUAACUCAAGGUGUUAGGAGUUCCACUCGAGCUGUUCGCAUAGCUGAGGAGAGAUUGCGCCAGUUGACGAACAUGGCCCCACCAGCCUUAUUGCAGGGGAUACCAAGGCAGGAAACUGAGCCUAAAGGACCAGCAUUGGCUAGAACUGCGAAAGAGCUACGUGAGGGAAUAGUUAAGAGCAGAUCAGUCCUGCAGGCGCUUUUAACCCUCACUCGUUUUUCUAGGUUGGCAUUAAACUAUUUUGCUGGUAAAGCAAAGAGAUAACCUGAAAGAGACGACAUAGCCAUGGGCAAUAACGUAGUUUGGUGCAUUCUCAUCUUAUGCCUUUUCAUUAUCACGGGGAUUUGUAUCAGGUUGACCAUGAAGAAUGAGAUUGUUGUCCUCUAGGAAUCACUAUCUGAUGUUGAGUGCAAUGAAGUCACUUUUCUUAUCCAUGGCUCUGUAAACAGUAGUAAUUUCAAGGAUUCUGUUAAGAUAUUAGGUAGCAUGGGGGUUGUUUCUCCUACUUUCACACUGAAUUUUGUCUCUCUUUUCUUUGAGACUCAUAUUUUUGUUAUUCCCUGCAGAAUUUCUCUGGUGUUAAUAUCAUUGAUAUGGUGAGCUUUUGUCA